UCACUGUCGUCGACGGUAAUAGUACCAUCGAAAUCGGUGAAGAAGAUCAUCUUCGGCUUAGUCUCCAUGUACGGGAGAACGGUGGACCCCAUCUUGACAGGAAUUGGAAAAAGAAAGAGACUGCGGUUGGUAUUGACAGAGGGGAUUCGUGUCGUAUGUAUGCAAUAUGAACAAAAGGGUAAGAACUUGUGUAGAGAGAGAGUCGUAGGGAGGAGCACUUGGAAGAACCCAAAAAAAGAUCUUAAACCAUGGAGGGGUCUUCUCCGGUGAACGGCGAGGGGAACCCGGGGAGAGAUGGACCAAGUGGGUCUUUGCCAGGUGCCGCAAAGUGGGUUUGGGUUUGGGCGCUGAUGGAGCAAAUUAUUUCUCCUAAUAAAUUUCCAAAGCUGCUUUGAACUCUAGCAGCCAUGGCUCGUCUGCUGCAUUCCUUGCGGCGAGUCUUAGGGCUGACCACCUCUUCGACGACUACCGCUUCUGCUGCUGGUAGUCUACGGGCUCGAUCCAUUGACACCGAUUUCUCCGUCUUCCGAGAGGGCGAUAGGGCCGUGCUACAACAGAAACAGCCACAGUUGACGAAGCCAUUGAAGAGCGGCGAUAAGACGCAUUUGCGGAGGGGACACGUUGCGCAUGAUAAAAUCAUUGGCAGCCGGGUCUGGGACGCGGUGCAGGCGCAUAAAGGCCCGGAUGUUCGAUUGAGUCUCCCAACUUUGGAGGAAUACGUCGCGUUGACUCCUCGUCUUGUCACGCCGAUCUAUUCGCAUGAUGCAAACUUGAUCGUCUCCCUCCUUGAUAUUCAUGUCCACCCCCCUGCCACGGGUGAGACACAACCUCCUUUAGAAAUUCUCGAAUCUGGCACCGGUCACGGCUCCUUGACUCUCCACCUUGCCCGCGCAAUCCACGCCGCCAACACAACUGCGCCGCCUCGCCCGUCGCGAUCGCAGAUUCAGUACGUGAAGAACAGAGCCCAAAAGCCGGGUGAGGAUGAUACGAACAAGGUAGACGCCAACCAGACUGCAGGGAACGACGACACAGCCCAAAUUGAGUGGGAUUCAUGGCGAGCGGAGCGCAAUGCUCUCAUCCAUACCGUGGACGUCUCACACAAGUUCGCUGCUCUAGCCGAGCGAAAUGUCAAGGGUUUCCGCCGUGGUAUGUACGCAGGCGAUGUUGAUUUCUACGUCGGACCUGUCGAGAACUGGAUCGCCGAGCAAACCAAGCGACGGACGAAGACUGGGCUAUUGUCUUCGUUGACCGGGUCCUCCGCCGUGGAUCCGUUCUUGUCCCAUGCUAUUCUGGACAUGCCCUCGGCGCACUUGCGAAUUCCACACGUUGCGCCCGUCUUGAGACGGGAUGGCUACCUGGUCGUCUUUAUGCCGAGCAUCACUCAGAUUGGCGACUGCGUGCAGAUUAUUCGCAAGCAGCGGCUGCCCUUCGUCCAGGAAAGAGUGAUCGAGCUCGGACUUGGAAUUACGAGUGGUCGCAACUGGGAUGUUCGACUUGCGUUCAAGAAGUCUGGAGCUGAUCCUUCGUCUUGGGCCCCGUCUGCCGAGGCCGACGGUGAAGGAUCGGUCCUUGCAGCAGAUGCUGAAGAGACAGGUUCCAAUGCUGCCCAUAAUGUGGAUGAGGUCACUGUGCCAGAAGAACCCGUCAAAGACGAAGAGCCAGUCAUGGUCUGCCGGCCCAAGGUGGGAAUCCGGACUAUGGGUGGUGGUUUUGUUGGCAUCUGGCGACGCAUCGAAGAUCCAUCUGGACGGUGAUCCAUUGCUUUGGUUUUUUCAUCUCGGACACGACGCUCUCGCGUCUCUGUACUAUAUAUUUAACUUCCAUCACCUUGUACAACAACUAACGGACAAAGAUAUCUCGAACAUGUAUCAUAGGACCCAGUUUAUAAGCAUCAUCUCACAACUAUACCAACUGGGGCCAACCAUUUCUGCCUCUCUUCAAUGAAGACUCGUGCUCUCUACCCACGAUCAUGACUCUGCAGCACUCUCAGCAACGGGAGCUCUCUUCAACACCCAAUCCGCAACAUCCUUCACAAACCGCUCCCGGACUUCACCAGGAUCCAUAUGCACCCGAUGAUAAGCCCCCUCGUAAGAAACAAAAGUAACAUCCCCCUUCUUCCCCAGAACAUCAGCCAACUUCUUCGUCGCCGCCCAACUAGUAAUCCGAUCCUCAUCUCCAUGCCCAAACCACACCGGCAAAAGCUUCACAUCCCCCAAAUCCCCACCCUCCAACUUCUCCAACCAUAAGCCCCGAUCCAACAUCCCCGCCAACUGCUCCAACGUCCCGAUAUCAUGACACAACUCGUCAGUCUUGUAAUCCGCCACGACCGUCUCAUCCCGACACACCAGUUUCGGGUCCAGCGGGGAAUGCCGCUGCCAGCGCGGUAAGAUACGGGCUACCAGCCUUCCCAGGAUGACGGUUAAAGCCAUGGGGCGGGUUGCUGGGUCCAGGGCGAUAAGCGGAGAGUAGGCCAUUACACCGGCGAGCUGGGGCCGUUGGUUGGAUGGCGAUUGGUUGUAGGGGGAGUCUGGGUGGAGGACAUAGUUAAGGACUUCACCACCACCCAUGCUGUGGCCCAUUAGGACGAGGGGGGUGUUGGGGUGGGCGGUUAGACCGAGGAGGAAGGAGUGGAUGUCGGAGAGGACGAGGGUGGUGCCGCCGCUAUUGCCGCGGUCUCGAGGGUGUUUGAAGGUGCGGC